AUGAAAAGUUAACUUUGGAUAGCAAACAACCAAAAAGAAAACUAGUCUGAGGUUAGAGUUAAGAAUUACAUAGAAGAGGACAGCUAAACAUUUGACUCUAUAGAUCCCACUCACCAUGAAGACAGUAUUUAUGAAGCACUUGAAUAAACAUCAAAGGAUGAUAUGUUUGGCGAUAAGGAGUUUUACUAAUAAGGUAGAAUUUCUGGUAACAAAUAUCAAAAUUUGUUAAAUAAUUCCUAACUCUAUUACAAAUCUUGCUUUAGUAAUCAUAACCUCGAUAGUUUUGACACUGAUUUUUAUAUUAAUAAUACUCCGUUACCUUUAUCUUCUAGCUAUUUGUUCUCUUCUAGCUCAGAAAGUUCCAGCAUAAUAAAUGAAGAGUAGUCCUCUGAAGAAAAGUGCUUAAAGCUAGUAAAAGAGCCAGAGUCUAGUUAAACUAACUAGUCAGAGCAGAGCGAUAGCCUUUGCCAGGAAGAUUGCCAAAGCUAGAGCUCAAAGCUAACGAUGAAUUAACUUGGCUAAAAGAGCUGUGAAGAGACUAAGAAUCUAUUCAUUCUUGCAAUCCCCUAUAUCAUCUCACGCCUUAAUGGUAGUUCUAAAGAAAAAUGUAGAUGGGAGUAUGCCAGCUAGAUUACUGGUCUUCAAGUCAAAAAGUUGAACUCCCUUAAGAAGUUCAAUUCACUUUUAUAAGAAAUAGAAGAAAAGAGUGAGAGAAAUCCUGAAAUUUUAAAAACCUUUAGACACAGUAUAGUAGAAAUAUUAGAACACGACUAUAUAAAAUACGCUACUAACUAAAAAGAUUAUAAAACUCAAGCAAUCUUAUUGAAAUAUCUACAACCUAUUAAGCUAAUAACCCUAUAAAAGUCAAACACCUUCUCAUCAGUUAAGUAUGUUAAUAAGCUUUUAGAGAAAUAUCAAAAAAAAGCUGAGUGA